UUAAUUGUCAUUUGAACCUAUAUUUUAUGUUGUCAAAAAUAUAACUAGAGAUUUUUAUGAUUUGAUUAUCGAGUGAAAUUCUCCGUGGAAAAAUGUGAAUACUCUCGAGGAAUAGCAGCGGUCGCUCCAGGACAGUUCGAAAGAUAGUUAUAGCCCGUAGAGUGUUGGGAACGCGUUGAAUAAAGUGUUUUAUUACCGCCUUGACAAUAACGGGGAACCGGCAGCCAUGUUGUGAAGUUUUGUCGGGCAUCAUGGGUUAUAAGUGUCGGUCGCAAAGAGCCGUUUCGUCGAGAAAAAAUCAAUCGGAAACGAUGCAGGGCGGUGCAUUUUGCCCACAAACGUAGUAACUUUGAAGCGGAAUCAUAGCGUAGCGUGAGGCGGCCGCGAAGGUGAUGUCUCUGCGCAUAAUUACGGUCAGCAGUGCAACGUCGUGGUAGCGCAGGGAGUCGUCUACUGCCUGGCCUGGCUAACGACUGCGAGCUUCAGCAUCCCCAAUUGCGGGAGGUUAACUAAUCGGGCGUCGGGAGGACCGUUACACUAACGUCUCGGGGUCGCCCCGAUUCCGAUAUGACACGUGCGGGGCCGUAAACACUUAAUUCGAGCUACGAUGGCCAAGAUUCUCGGCAAGGACCAGGCCACGUACUCUAAGGAACGCGAGGGUUUCCUUCGAGACCUGCAGCACUUCCACGAGAUCAGAGGGACGCCAUUUAAGCGGCCCCCUACUCUCGGUGGUAAGGAGGUUGACUUGUAUCUCCUUUAUACUCUCGUCACUUCGCAAGGAGGAUGGAUUAGGGUAAAUUCAAAAAACUCUUGGUCGGAACUUAUGCCAUUUUUGAAAUUUCCCGUAUCCUGUGUUAAUGGAAGCGUAGCACUUAAGCAGAUUUAUUUAAGGUAUCUGGACAGGUGGGAGAAGGUGCAUUUCCUCCACGAAGAACCGGAUCGGGGCAGCGAUGACGACGAGGAGAGCAGGCACAAGCGCUGGUCUGCGAGGUCCCUCCAUUCCGUACCGUACACAUACAAUUAUUCCCAGCACAAUGUCACGGACACAAACCGAGAAUUUCACCAUCUGGCCACCAACUUGUACAAACCGUCAGAUUAUGAUCGUCUAGGCUUGUCUCUGAUAUCUCCUCUGCCGAACGAACAAGAUUUUGCCAUCAACGUUUGCACGCUUCUUUCCAAUGAUGGGAAACACACUUUGAAAUUGGAGAAACAUCCGAGAUUAGUUGACUAUCUACUUGGACACGCUGGUAUAUUUAGUAAUAGCUCUCUAAGACAGUUGUUUUUGCACUUUUACAACGACAUAAGAAAAACGCCAAUUCACAACUUUUGGAAAGACGUGCUCGAGUCGCGGGAAUUCUUGGAUUUAACUGACGAAAACAAAUUCAAACCCGCCAAGCAGGCCCCUGCUAAGGAACCUACCAAGACCGAGUCCCUUCUUGUCGGCGACGAACUCAACAGGGCCCUUCUAGCCCUGCAAGUGAUCCCUGCGGAACCAGCCGACGAAAGGUUGAGAGUUCCUGAAGAAAACGUGUGUGAUAUUGUUGCAGAGACUGGCAGUGGUUGCGAACUCGAUCGAGAAAAUAAUAAUUGUGAUAAUUUCAAAUUGAAAUUGGACAGUCCCGAGGACUACGACUUGUUUUGUUUGAGAAGGUCGCUGGGCACGCAGGACUAUGUGGGCCAGCGAGUGCUGCAGAUUGCGACGAUCUUGAGGAACUUGAGUUUCAUCGAGGAGAACAUCCCCGUGUUAGUAAAGAGCGUGUCGUUUGUGCGGUUCUUGUUGCUCUGCAGUAGUUCGCGAUGGAAUGUGCUGAGGAACCUCGGCGCUGACAUGCUCAGCAACAUCGCCGCCGAAUUCGUCGUGAGGGACUUGCACGGCGACCUGCUCGCCUCUAAUAUGAUCAAGAUAGCAACGAACGGCCUCAAGAGCCAAGACAGGGCUUCAUGUUUGUGCUCGCUCGAGGUGCUCAACAAGCUGAGCCAGAACGAACAAAACGAGGACGUGAUGAUGCGCUCACUGCAGUCAACCGUCUACAAGCGCGUAUGUUCCUUUCUCACCAUCCACGACGUCAUGAUGCUCAUCUACACGCUCGAGUGUCUCUAUUCGCUAUCUUCGCUAGGUGAACGGUCGUGCACGUUCAUCGUCAACAACCACGGCGUCAUCGACACUCUCGUGUCACUGGUGACGGUCGAAGGGAAGAGCUACGGCCCGAAGGCGUGCAUCGGCAUGAAGUUGGUAGAGACACUACCCAGCAGCAAUAGUCAGCCUCAGCAGCCACAACAGAGCAGCACGACGUCUUCGACGACUGGAGGCACCUCCAGCAGCACCACAUCAGCUGCCAGCAGCCCCACGCCUUCCGUGACGACGUCCGCAAGUACUCCCAUCGUCAGCAGUUCUCCCACUCCAAAAAUGUCGACACCCGCCACUCCUGUCCGACCCGUGCAGAUCGCUCCGCAGAGACUCAUUCCAAUCACGCCAACGUCCACCACGUCCAUCACGUUGACAACAGUACCCCAGUCAAAUACGGUGAUGACGCCUCAGCAACUAAUCCAGCAACAACAUGCCCACCAGCAGGCUAUCCACGAGAAUGAACAGUUCGCCCUCGCCUGGCUCAGAGCGACUUACGAACCGUGCAUCAAUGGUAGAAUCGACCACCAAGAACUCUACAAGCACUACCUGAAUUCGUGCUCCAAGAUCGGCAGAAGAGGCGUUAUAUCUCCGUUGCACUUCCCGAGAUGUGUGAGAUCGAUCUUCGGUGGGACAGUGGGACCAAAUCCGAUGAAACCCGCAAACCCGAGUGACCCACAGUACUACGAUGGGAUAAAGGUGCGAGACAAGCCCCUCCUAAUAAACAUGCCGUCCUCUUCCUCUUCCUCAUUUCUCAAAACAAACACGACACCCUCUAAAAGUAGUCAACAAGUGCGCCGCAAAUCGGUUCAACCCGUUCUAGUAACAACAACCCCCAUGAAGCCGGCGCAGGCUCUCGCGAUCGUCGCGGCGCCUGCCGAAAUUAACGCCGACGAGAGCGAAAGCACGCCAAUGUCUCCCGCCUCGCCAAUCCUCAAGGCACAGCUCAGCGCUCCCCCCAAACAGACCAGGGAGGGGGGCGGCGUUGUCUCACCUAACACGAGUAAGGGCGAUACCAAAAGCCAGGCGAUGGCACAUCCGCACCUGAGCCAGGCGCUGCUCGGUUGUAGCAGUAGCAACAUGACGACGACGUCCACCACGAUAGUUGCCACGUCGGCCGGGGUUAACGCCAGCAAGGAGAGUCAAGUAGGUCAGACGGCUAGCAGCACGUCUCUGAUCAAGAGCCUUCUGGCUACAAAGGUAAACGAUUGCAUGUCGACAGUGAGCAUGAGGACUGCGACAGACUGCCAAAAUGUAGCUCAGGUGGCGGCCAGACAACAGAGGCUGCUGGCCCAACAGAGUGGCGGCAAUUCAUCGGAAAUCCAAGUGAAGAAGGAGAGCCAGAAAAGUUCGAGGCUGAACGGAGUCCGGCAGCUUUUUGCAGACAACGAAGUAGGCGAUCCGUCUGUGUCUUCAACCACACAGUUUACCGGCCUGAUGAAGGGCAAGAAGGAACCCCCUCAACCGCCUCCUCCUCCUUUAGCGCCGCUCAGUAACAACGUGCGCGGCAAGUCUCAGAGAAUUGAGAACGAAGACAGUGAUUCGAUCGGAAACAACUCUCUGGCGUCUAGUUCAGGAGUUGGGACAGUGGGCAUAGGAGGAGUGUCUUCGACAGAAGACGGCGACAAUUCUCUAACGAGCUUCGAGGGACUGCUAAACGGAAUCCCGAAUAUAGAACACCCACUGAUCGAGGACAGCAACUCGAAAGAUUCCGUGAAGCUGGUCGCCGGUGGCGAGAUAACCAUGGACAAGCCUCUUAGAUUAGCCGAUCUUCUAGAGAAAAAAUUCGAGAAGAAUUCGCCGAUGCUGAACGGGAGUUUAGGAAAGGAGCUGCGCCUGGGCGAAAAAUCUCUGGAUUUGGUAGAGAACCACAUUGAAAAAGCCCUGAGUAGAGAUAUCAAACAAGAGAUCGAUGUGAAACAAGAUAUGGACAUCGAAGAAAUCCAAAUCAAAGACCAACCUCUAGAGAAGGUGACAAAGUUGAAGCGGUCCGCAUCGGACGAGCUCGUCGAAAUCGAACACAAGAAACCACUGUUGUCUUCGAACGUGAACGGCUCCUCCAUGGCAAAUUCUCCGGCCCCCGACUCGGUGUCGAGUUCGAACGGGGACGAGGGGCCCUCUACGGUGUCGACGGCGGCCGCGAAGCUCUUCGCCGAUAUCGCGGCUGAUAUCCUGGAAGACGAGGACGAGGAACAGCUGAUGCAGGAAGCACAAGCAACUCCGCAAAUAAUCGAGGCGGCUCCGGCUCCCGUUCAGAUGCCCGUGCAGGCCCCUCUACAGCAGAUCAUUGUAGACAACAAUCAACAGAUGAUGUUGCAGAGACAGAUCAUUGUUUCGCAAUCUCAGAUGCAAACUUCUAAUCAGGUCGUUAUAUCGACAGGCACUCAGCUGAAGACACAAACAGGCCAGACGGUGAUUGUACAGAAUGCUGCAGCUCAGAGACCCGUAAUGUUGCAGCAGUCGAACACUGGCCAAUUUCUGCUGUCGCAGGGGCUGCAGGGCCAAAUGCAGCUGGUGGCCAGCUCGCAGCCGGGCCAGUACGUCCUGCAGGGGGGCGGCGGGCAGGGCACGUACGUGGUAGCCCAGCCGCAGACGGCGGUCGUCCAUGGGCAGCCGCAGACCGUUCUGGUGGCACAGACGUCCCAGCAGCAGGGCACUGGCGCCAAGACGAUAAUCAUCUUGCAGCAGCAGCAGCAGCAGACUCCAACGGCGGCCACGCACCACCAGAAGGUCGUUGUGACGCCCCAGGGCCAGCAGAUGGUCGUCACGCAAGUUCCUAGGCCAGUCGUCCACGCCUCAACAGUUUCUAAUAAUGUGACCGCGCCUGCCCAAAAAGCCGUCAAGGCGAUCGCGAGCAGUCAGACGGCGGCCAACGGCACCACUAGCGAGGGCAACAAGUGCAGGAUUAUCAGAGACCUAAGUACGCCGUACAUCUGCGAGUGGGGCGAUUGUUGCGUAGACCAAAGGUUCAAAUCAGCAAAUGACGUUUUUCUGCACGCUUGCGCCGUCCAUUGUCCGACUGGUAACGAGGAAGUAAUUUGUCAAUGGGAUCGAUGUGAUAACAUGAAACGAAAACGCUUCUCUCUAAUGACGCACCUGCAGGAUAAACACUGUACCACAGAGAUCAUGAAACAGGGUUUGACUAGAAGGAAAAAGGCAGCUCAUAGUACAAAGGCAGAGACUUCUGCGACAACAUCAUCAUCGGCAUCGACGACUGCCCAGCACCCCGGUUAUGCGGCAGAUGCAGCAUUGCAUGCCAUUAAGAGGCAUGCUUUGGAGUUCGUCAAUCCUAAAGAGCUGCAACUGAAACCUACACCUAAGUCGAGCAACACGGGUCUGACGGCAGUCUCACCCCGUGCUGGCCCUCCGCCUCCACCCGAUCAGGACGACAACGAGGGUCCUGUUACGAAGAGUAUUCGUUUGACGGCAUCCUUAAUAUUGAGGAAUCUUGUUAUUUACAGUAGUCAUUGUAAAAGGUACUUAAAAUCAUACGAGGCGCACCUGGCCAAUGUGGCCCUCAGCAACGUGGAGUCUUCUAGAACGAUCGCGCAAGUGUUGUACGAUAUGAACGACGGCUCGACUCACAGGUGACCUAUACGCAAAGGUGUCGUCCAGUUCGUCAUCGCGGCGGGGACCUCGAGUGAGAUGUGAAUAUGAAAAAAAAAAACGGAAAGUGUGUGUAAAUUAUUCAAUGAAUGUGUACAAAAGCUAGUAUAUAGUAGGUUUAAUUGAGCCUAAUUGUUAUUUUUAUAUUAUUUAGUGUAAAGGAGGUGUUCUGAACUGUCUGGAAAACCGCCGCCCCGCCUCUCGUCAAAUGAACACGAACAGUUUUAUAUCUGUGCAAUUUGUGUUGGCUAUCUCUCAACUGUCCUGUAAAUAAUUUGACUUUUAUCAUGGAUUUUUGUGGUCCAUCGCGUACACGGUGAAGAUAGAGAGCACACAUCAUUUUAUUUAUCGUUUAUCAGUAUUACCUGAAGAUGUAUCAUCGUCGAUGCUUUUUUAUUUCUUCAGCGAGGUACCGAAUCUCUAGUUGACUGAUUUUUCUUCUUCGUGUCUAUGUAAAAAUAAGUACCCGUCUACUAAGUUUUCAUGUGCUUAUAUAUCAUAUCCACCCCUUUUCAUACUUACCGGUAAAAUCUGUAAAAUAUUUACAAUAAUUAUAUGGAAAAAAAUAAACUGCAUUUAAUGUGUG